AUGCAGUUCUUCUCCAGCCUUCUCAUCGCUUUCCUCGCACUCUUGCAGGUUGCUAUCGCGGUCCCGGAAAAAUUCCCUGUCGAUGCAAUCGUCGCUCGCCAGGCGGCAACGGGGGCCGCUACGGGCGGCGUAGACCCAUGUGUCGACUACUCCAUCACAGCCAACUUGUCCGUCAUCAGCGCAAACAGUUCCUACCGUGCUGCAUACAUGCAAAAGGCCCAAGUCGGUACCAUCGCCACGGCGAACAUGCUGAAUGCCGCUCAACUCAAGCUCCCGGCCCUCACCGCUGAUGUGGCUCUGAACAGCCAAUGCGGCAACUUGACUGACAAGGCUCUCGUCGAAGCCGCCAACAACUUCACCAACGGCAUCGUCGCGCAAUUCACGACCGAGGGCCUUCCGGUGGGAAUCGUCGCUGAUUGGAGAGUCAUCUUUACUGUCAUUUUCUGCUGCGUCUGCUUGUCCGUCGUCUGGGUUUUCGCAGAGUGA